AAUCACUAAGGACCGAGUUAAGAGAGAGAAAACGAAAGAAGAGGGUGUGAGAGAGAAGAAGCGAUAUGGCACACUACAGAGCGAGCUCAGAAGUCGAGAACUUGAUGAACGACAGAAGCAGUAGUCGCCGGGAAAAAGAAGAAGACGAAGAGGAAGCCAUGAAAUUGGCGGCUCUUGAGAAGCUACAGCGUCUUCCAACGUACGAUCGGGCGAGGAAGGCCGUGUUGAGAGGGAUCACAGGAGUUUUCAAGGAGAUUGACAUGAAGGAUCUGGGCUUCGUGGAGAGAAGAGAGCUUUUCGAUAGAGUGAUGACGAUGGAUGACGAGGAUUGGCAUGGAGAGUAUCUGCGGAGGCUAAAGAGUCGUUUCGAUAGAGUCUCUCUGAAUCUCCCAACGAUAGAAGUCCGAUUUGAGGAUGUGAACGUGACCGCCCAAGCCUAUGAACGCAGCAGAGCUGUUCCCACAGUCAUCAACGCAUACGCCAGCUUUGCAAAAAGCGUUGGAACUAAAAUCGGAAUUCUUCGGAGUCAAACAAAGAGAAUCUCCAUUCUAAAGGAUGUUAGCGGAAUCAUUAAACCCGGCAGGCUGAGUCUACUUUUGGGACCACCGGGCUCUGGAAAGUCGACCCUACUUAAAGCAUUGUCUGGAAAGAUAGAAAGUGGACUAAAAUAUACAGGGAAAGUGACAUACAAUGGGCAUGAACUGCAUGAGUUUGUGCCUGAAAGAACUUCCGCCUACAUCGGCCAAUACGAUGUUCACUUGCCGAGGCUAACAGUUCGAGAAACAUUACAGUUUUCAGCAAAAUGCCAAGGAGUCGGCACACGAUAUGAUAUGCUUUCCGAGUUACUGAGACGGGAGAAAGACUUGAAGAUCAAACCAGAUCCUUACCUCGACGCGUUAAUGAAGGCGUCAGUUCUGAAAGGACACAAGGAGAAUGUGGUUACGGAUUACGUUUUAAAGGUAUUAGGGCUUGAGACAUGCGCUGAUACGGUAGUUGGGGAUAAUAUGCAAAGAGGCAUCUCUGGUGGGCAAAAGAAACGCGUAACAACAGGCGAGAUGUUGGUGGGACCAGUCGGAGCUUUCUUCAUGGACAACAUAUCAGACGGUUUAGAUAGCUCAACGACGUUUCAGAUUCCUCCUCCAGAGACAUUCGAGCUCUUUGAUGAUGUCAUCAUUCUCGGAGAAGGCCGAAUCGUUUACCAAGGCCCUCGGGAAAACGUCCUUGAGUUUUUUGAAUCUAUGGGGUUUAAGUGUCCUGAAAGAAAAGGAGUUGCUGAUUACUUGCAAGAAAUUUUAUCAAGAAAAGAUCAAGAACAGUACUGGGCUAAUCCGGAGGUGCCAUAUCGCUAUGUAUCGGCAAAACAAUUCGAGGAAGGCUUUAAAACUCACCAUCUCGGGAGCACAAUGCGUUCACAGCUCGCAACACCGUUUAAUCGAUGGGAGAAUCACGGAGCAGCCUUGACAAAGACUACUUUUGGAUCCAGCAAAUGGGAAAUGCUAAAGGCGUGCUUAGCAAGAGAGUGGAUUCUGAUGCAAAGAAACAUCAGAAUCUUCUGCCUCAAGUCAUUUCAGCUGUUUUUCAACGCGGCAAUGAUCGGACUCGUGUUCUCGACACAAAGGGAACAUCACAGCACUGUAGAAGAUGGAAUCAUAUACAUGGGAGCUAUCUAUCUGGAAGUGCAGAUGAUUGUCUUCUCCGGGUUUUUCGAGCUUCCGAUGACAAUUGAUAAGCUUCCAGUGUUCUACAAGCAACGACGUUUCAGCUUUUACCCGUCGUGGGCUUUCUCGUUACCAGCGUCGGUCAUAAACUUUCCUCUAUCAUUCGUAGAAGUCUUCGUCGUGGUUAUAUUAACAUAUUUCCUCACUGGAUUUGAUCUAGCCAUCACAUCGAUCCUUAAACAUUACUUGGUUCUAGCACUUUGUGGACAAAUGUCGUACGGACUUUUUCGGUGUCUUGCUGCAGUGACUCGGAAUCAUGUGGUUUCAAACACAAUGGGAUGCCUUCUUGUGAUGUGGCUGAUGACAUUCAGCGGAUAUGUGUUGUCACGACAUCAAGUGCACCAAUGGUUGACAUGGGCGUAUUGGACAUCGCCGAUGAUGUAUAUUCAAACAGCUCUUUCGGUUAAUGAAUUCCGCAGCGAAUCUUGGAAAGAUGGUCUUGGAGUAGCGGUUUUGAAAUCUAGAGGUUUCUUUGUAGAAACUUAUUGGUAUUGGAUUGGACUAUUAGCGUUGAUCAUAUCCACAAUAUUGUCCAACAUUGUUACAUCUUUGGCUCUGGCUUUUCUUAAACAAUAUGGAGUUUCCAAGACUGCGGUUAUACCGGAUGAUUACGAAGAAGAUGAUAACAACAAUACGCUAACGCAACCACUCGCUGGCAGGGAAGUGACAAAGAGAGCUUGCAACGACAAUAAGCUGCGUAUACCUUUCAAGCCUCUACAUAUCACAUUCGAUAACAUUAUAUAUUCCGUUGAUACUCCAAAGGCUAUGAAAGAAAAUGGGUUAGAAGAGGAGAAACUAGUACUAUUGAAUGGACUAAGCGGUGCGUUUAGGCCCGGGGUUCUUACUGCACUUAUGGGCAUGAGUGGAGCAGGCAAAACUACUCUGAUGGAUGUUUUAGCCGGGCGCAAGAACACUGGUUACAUUGAAGGAGAGAUCAAUGUCUCUGGUUUUCCUAAAAAUCAAGACAGCUUUGCACGUGUUUCGGGCUACUGCGAACAGUUUGAUAUCCAUUCCCCUCUUCUAACAGUCUAUGAGUCGCUUCUCUAUUCUGCGUGGUUGAGGUUACCUCCUAACAUCGACAAAAGUACUCGAGAGCUUUUCAUUGAAGAAGUGAUGGAGUUGAUAGAGUUGGAACCAUUGAGGGAAAUGUUGGUCGGUUAUGUUGGAAUCAGUGGGCUUUCGACGGAGCAAAGGAAGAGGAUGACAAUCGCAGUGGAGCUUGUAGCCAAUCCUUCUAUCCUUUUCAUGGAUGAGCCAACAUCUGGCUUAGAUGCAAGAGCUGCUGCCAUUGUCAUGAGAACCGUUAGAAACACUGUUGACACUGGAAGAACUGUUGUCUGCACCAUUCACCAGCCGAGUAUCGACAUCUUUGAAUCUUUUGAUGAGCUUUUCUUGUUGGCGAGGGGAGGAGAAGAGAUCUAUGUUGGUCCAAUUGGCCACCAUUCCUCACAAGUAAUUGAAUACUUUGAGGGAAUUACAGGAGUAGGAAAAAUCAGGGAAGGCUACAAUCCAGCAACAUGGGCCCUAGAAGUGACAACAAGGGCACAAGAAGAUGUUCUUGGUGUCAGAUUUGCUCAAGAAUACAAAAACUCAAGCCUUUACAGGAGAAACAAAGAUCUAAUUGAGGAACUAAACAGGGUUCCUCCUCAUGCAACAGACAUUCAUUUCUCAACAAAGUACUCACAACCCUAUCUGACUCAGUUCCAAGCUUGCCUGUGGAAAAUGCACAAAACAUAUUGGAGAAACGUUCCUUACAACGCAGUGCGUCUCUGUUUCGCGGCUGCGGUUGGAGUGAUGUACGGAAUCAUUUUCUGGAGCCUCGGCAAAAGAAAAGGAACAAGAGAAGAUAUCUUCAACAGUGUAGGCGCAAUGUCAAUCGUUAUGGGCUUCCUAGGCGGACAAAGCGCGGCCACUGUGCGUCCUGUAGCAAUCGCUGAGCGUACCGUCUUUUACCGAGAGACCGUUGCUGGAAUGUACUCUGCUCUACCUUAUGCAUUCUCACAGGUGGCAAUCGAGAUUCCGUAUACAAUGGCUCAAGCUUGCAUCUACGCAGCUGUAGUCUAUGGGAUGAUUGGAUACGAAUGGAAAGCUUCCAAGUUCUUGUUGUACACGUUCUUUACCUUCAUUAGCAUCCUCUACUAUAUUUACACUGGUAUCAUGCUCAUUGCCCUAAGCCCUAAUCAAGAAACCGCUGCGAUUCUCAAUGGUAUUCUUUCCGCAUCGUUGAACGUCUUUUCAGGAUUCGCCAUUCCUCGUCCUAGAAUGCCUGUGUGGUUGAGAUGGUUCCCGUUCGUGAGUCCAGCGUGGUGGGGUUUGUACGGGCUGACGAUAUCUCAGUACGGAGAUGUGGAGACGAGGCUUGAUACUGGUGAGAAGGUUUCUGAGUUCAUGAAAAACUACUAUGGUUAUGAAUACGACUUCUUGUGGGUUGUCUCACUUGUCCUCCUCGCUUUCUGUUUGCUAUAUGUUUUCAUCUAUGCUUUCUCGGUUAAGACUUUGAAUUUCCAAAAGAGGUGA